UAUUCAGCGAACCAUGCUCAAGGGCUUGCAAAUGAAUGAGACUUGAUUUAAAGAAGGUAGAGGCGUUGUCGUUGAAGAUGAAGACCACCCAUGUAUUUUCUUGACCUCUCCUAUCAACCCGGAUACGAUCUUUGUAGGUGAAGUUAAGGGUCUGCCGUGUUUGCAGCGACAAAUUUUCGUGCUUUUUAUCUCCAUGAAAUUUACAUGUUUGAGUAAAGGUGGGGGUUUUCAUUUCCCACCAUGCCACAUACUCAAUGUAUGCGGGUUUAGGAUCUUGUUUGAUUGCCCGCUGGACCUUUCAGCUCUUACAAUCUUUUCUCCUGUUCCCACCGGUUAUCGUGAUGUGGUAGAUGAAAAGGAUUCUGAUUGUAUACGCUAUAGUAUUUUGGAUUCGGAUUGUGUGACUUGGAAGAGGCAGAAAAUUGGAAAGCCCCUCGAUGCAAAUGAUUUGAUCUGUGCAGUACCUUGGUACAAAAUUGUCAAGUAUUUGCACCUUUGGAAUGUGUCAUUCAUUGAUGUUGUGUUGAUUUCGAGCCCAAUGGGAAUGCUAGGAUUACCAUUCCUUACUCGAAUGAAGGGAUUUUCUGCUAAGAUAUAUGUGACUGAAGUAACCGCUAGACUUGGGCAGCUUAUGAUGGAGGAUCUUGUUUCAAUGCAUAUGGAGUUCAGGCAGUUUUAUGGACCUGAGGGGUCUACUUUCCCUCGCUGGAUGGAGCAGGAAGAGCUUGACCUGCGGCCAUCUGCAUUGAGAGAAGUAGUUUUAGGCAAAGAUGGGGCUGAGCUGGGUGGUUGGAUGCCCUUGUACAGUGCAGCUGACGUGAAGGACUGCUUGCAGAAGGUUCAGACGCUAAGGUAUGCUGAAGAGGUCUGCUAUAAUGGAAAAUUGGUCAUAAAGGCAUUCAGCUCUGGUCUAGAAAUAGGCACUUGUAAUUGGUCAAUAAAUGGUCCGAAGAGAGACAUUGCCUUUAUUUCAAGCUCUAUCUUUGUUCCUGCUCAUGCGAUGAGUUUUGAUUAUCUUGCUCUUCAAGGGAAAGAUAUCGUAUUAUAUUCAGAUUUAUCAUCCCUGGACACCACGGAGGGUGUUGAGGAUGGUUACUCUUUUCUAACUACUGACAGUUUCUCAACUCUAAGUUGGGAAGAGUCUGCCAAAGCCUUACUCAAUACUUCUGAGCAUUUGGAAGAAAGGGAGAAACUAUAUUAUCUAUGCUCCUGUGCCACAGAUUCUCUUAAAGCCAGUGGUUCAGUCCUUAUUCCCAUCAACCGACUUGGAACGUUUAUUCAACUUUUGGAGCAGAUAUCAGCUUUGCUUGAAUCUUCAUCUCUGAAGGUUCCUAUAUAUGUUAUUUCUUCAGUAGCUGAAGAACUCUUGGCAUACACCAAUGUCAUUCCAGAAUGGCUAUGCAAAGAGCGGCAAGAAAAGCUUUUCUCUGGUGAGCCUUUAUUUGCACAUGUCGAGCUCAUAAAAGAUAACAAGCUUCACGUGUUGCCCGCAGUUCAUUCACCUAAACUUUUAACUAAUUGGCAGGAACCAUGCAUCGUAUUUUGUCCUCACUGGUGUCUACGGCUUGGUCCAGUUGUUCAUUUGCUUCAUCGUUGGUCGGGGGAUCCAAACUCCUUGCUUGUUCUAGAGAGUGGACAGGAUGUGCAGCUGGCGCUGUUGCCUUUCCAGCCAAUGGAAAUGAAGGUUCUUCAGUGCUCAUUUCUCUCUGGAAUAAAAUUGCCGAAAAUUCUACCUUUGCUGAAUGUAUUGCAGCCAAAAAUUACUCUGUUGCCAGAGGAUUUGAGGCAGAAGGUCAGAUUUACAAAUGUGAAUCCAUUCAGUGUCUUUCAUUAUUCUGAAAAUAAAACAUUAAUCAUACCAAGCUUGAAGGACAGUUCAGAACUAGAAAUUGCAACGGACUUGGCUUUCCAGUUCCAGUGGAGAAAUUUGAAACACGAAAAUAUGAAUAUCACAAGAUUAAAGGGAGAGCUGCAUGUAGAUCAUGGCAAGCACUGGUUACACUCUGGAAAUAAGCCAUCGAAGUCAAAUUCCUCCAAAAGUAGGCCACUUCUACACUGGGGCACACCUGAUUUGGAAACGCUUCUGAGUAUUUUAUCAAAGAUGGGCAUUAAUGCAUCUGUAGAACAAGGUGUGGGUGUUGAAGGAUCAGAGAAAGCUUGUAAGGUACAUGUCCAUGAUCCUAAGAAGGCUUUGAUAGAAAUCGGUGAAACAGGUACUGUUAUUAGUGCUGUCGAUGAGAAUUUGGCCUCUCUCAUUUUUGAAGCCAUGGAUAGCAUUUUAGAUGGCAUUUAAUAGAACCGAAUUCUUAGUUUUCUUUUCUUUUCUUUUUCUUUCUUGGGAUUUGGGCCACGCGGGGAGGGGGAUUAAAAAAAAUGGAAACUAAAAUUGAACAGGAUACUCAAUUUUCAAUGCUUGUUCAUCAGUAAAAUGCCAUAAUCAUUGACAUGUUCUACCUA